AUGAGACCAGGUUCGAUUAGAGAUCAUCUCCUCGGACUCCCGGUGAAGUUCAACAUGAUUGAUGUCCUGAACAUGCUCAUUCCCGCCGUUUCUCAUCAUAUAUGUUUCGAUAAAGGUCAAUUUCUUCGAUUUAUAAAUACGCAUGCAGAUGUUGCUAUGCCCCGCGUUUUGGUUAUCGAGGAUCUUGCCGAUCUACAGAUCUUACAAGAUAAUUGUCCCAAGAUAUUAGGUCAGGCUAGCAUAGUUGUGGUCAAUAGACAGGAUGCUGCUGAACAUAUUGAUCUGGGAAGGAUAUUGUCUAGAAUUCCAAAUGUACGAUAUUGCUUUAUUACUGAUAGGAAAUCCGAUAUUUUGAAUUUACCAUUGUGCGUGUCCGAAUUUUCUUAUGUGAAACCCUUUAAUCAUCACCUUGGGUUCAAUAUGGAAGAUUUAUGUUAUCUUCCUUCUAAAUUGGUUGAAUUGGAUAUAAGCGUUUGUUUUGAUGGGAAAGUGUUUAAACCAGACCUUCCAAUAACGUUACAAAAAAUGUCAAUUCGAUUUGAACUAGAAACAGCCGAAGAUGAAUAUGACCUAUGUCUUGAUGAUGCUAUUCAAAUUGAUCUUUUAUAUUUAAACAAUCUUACAUUGCUACAUCUUUUAGGGAUGAAUUCAUUCAAUUUUGAGGGGUUGAAAGUUUCACCUAAUCUCACUCAAUUAUUAAUCAAGAGUCAAUAUAUCACCAAUGAUUGGACUCCACUUUCUCAAUUCAUAAAACUAAAACGAUUCAUCAUUGCGGGUGAAAUUGAAGGAUGUGAUAUAAGAACCAAAUUCCCAACAUUAUUGGAAUCGUUGUUUGUUAGAGUCCCAUUUGCACGUAUACCAUAUUCAGACCUACCCAGGGGCUUAAAAGCAGUCUCAUUAUGUCAAAAUGGCCCAAGUGAGUUAGAGUUUAUGCGACUUCCAGAAACGUUGAAGUAUUUCUAUUCAGAGGAAGCAAACCCAAAGGAUUCAUGGAUCAAUCGUCAAUUACCUGACUUAGAAGAGUUAGUAAUUGAAUCAAGUCGAUUAGAAGGAUUAAAACUCCCAACAACUUUGAAACAUUUAUGUCUUCUGAACAGUUCCGCGAGUUAUGUACAAGGACUACAAUUCACUAAAUGUCAAAAUUUGGUUGAUUUGAACUUAUCAUAUUUAAAUCUCGAACUGUUUGAAUGUAUUGAAUUACCGCCGAGUAUAAAGCGCCUAGAUUUGACUGGGAAUAAACUUCAAUCAAUCUUUCUUGAACAUUGUCCCAAUUUGGAACAAUUAUAUCUUUCCAAGAAUCAAUUUCGAUAUCUAAGUAGUUCCAAUUUCGGACUUCCUCAAGGAUUGAAGGAAAUUCAUUUAUCUGAACUUCCCUUGGAUGAAGAAUGUUUCUUUAGUCAAAUAGGACACGACGCACAAUAUAAUACUUUAUUUCCAGCGUCACUAGAAUUACUUAAUCUUAUCGGAUCAAUAAUAACUUCAAACAUAUUAUCAGAACUUAAACUACAGACGACAUCUCCUAAUUUAAAACAAUUAUAUUUAUCACAUAAUGAAAUCACCGAAAUCAAUAGUUUUGAGCUUCCUUCAAGUUUAAUCUAUCUCGAUAUUUCCAACAAUCCAAUCUCCCAUAUCCGAGAAGGAGACUUUUCAGAAUUCAAAAACUUGAAAGGUAUAGAUAUGAAGAAUAAUCAAGAUUUGGGUAUUUGUUUACAUAACAAGACAUUAAAAUUCCCCAAAUCGUUACAAUUAUUGAAUUUAUCAAAUUGCGGGAUCGUCGAUUUAGGAAAUAUAAGAAUUUGGGAUUACGGUGGUGAUUUACAAUGGAUAUUUCUUGAUCAAAAUUAUAUCAGGAAUGGGUUAGAUAUGUUUCUUGAACAAAUCAAACAGACAUGCCCAUUGAUUGCGAUUGUAGAAGUUAAUGAUGUGAUGAAGGGUUGUUGGAAGUCGAAAUAUCAGUUUCUUGAGUAUGGGCCUACUAAGAGAUGA